AUGUUGCCAUCAAUAUUUUAUUAUAUUAUUGUUUAUUAUUACCGUAAUCUACAAAAAGCCAUUGAAAACGGCAUUAAAGUGGAAAACGUACAUAGAGUCAUAGAAUUUAAUCAGUCGGCAUGGUUGGCUGAUUACAUCAACCUGAACACUGAGGUGCGUAAGAAGACCACAAACGAUUUCGAGAAGGACUUUUUUAAGCUUAUGAACAAUGCAGUAUUUGGCAAAACGAUGGAAAAUGUUCGUCAACGUAUACAAAUUAAGCUAGUAUCCAGUGAAAAGUAUUUACAGAAAUUUAUAAAUAAGUCUACAUUCAAACACUGCACAACUUAUAACGAAAACCUCAACGCUGUAUCGCUUGAAAAUAAGAUUAUCGAUUUUUGCGGCAGCAUAACGCCCAUACCCACGUCCAAGUCGGCGUUCAUCGAGCUCCAGCAGAACCCGUACAACGUGCGCGGCGUCUACCAUCCGCACCCGCACGCCCAUCCGCACUUCGCGGCAGCCGCCGCGGCCGCGGCUAACCAGCACCACGGCAGUCCCACGCAGCACCACGGCAACGCGGCCUCGCUGCAAACGCACCACCACGACGCUGCCGGUGGUUUCGGCAGUCCCAGGGGCGCCAUGUCCGCGUACCCGUUCCCGACAAUGCACCAGAACUCGUACUCGAGCUACCACAUCGGAUCGUACACGCCGCAGUGUCCGUCGCCCUCCAAAGAAGAAAAAUGCGGUAUCGCAGAAGAUGGCAGUCUCAGGGUAAAUGGCAAAGGGAAGAAGAUGCGAAAACCUAGAACUAUAUAUUCGAGCUUACAAUUACAACAGCUCAACAGACGAUUCCAGCGGACACAAUACCUAGCAUUACCCGAACGAGCUGAACUUGCCGCAUCCCUAGGACUUACUCAGACUCAAGUAAAAAUAUGGUUUCAAAACCGGAGGAGUAAAUAUAAAAAAAUGAUGAAAGCUGCGCAACAACAAGUGUCGACGCCGUCCAACAACAGCAGCAACAACGGCGGCGGCCCUGGCCACAUGUUGGGAGGCCCCGGUGGGGCCAACACGCCUAGCAUACCGAACAGUCCUCCGCCGUCUGGCGGCCUUCUGGGCGGUAACGGUUCGUCGUCCGGCAGUCAGCCGAGCCCGACCGGAGGAUACAUCGGCGGCGGCGGCGGCGGCGGCGGAGGCGGAGGCCACGUGGGCCCGGGUGGCAUGGGCCAGCACGUAGGGAACAGCCCGACGCCCAGUUCGACGCCGGUGUCGUGCGACAUGUCGCCCGUGCCGCCGGUACACCACUCUUCGUCCGGCGUUUCCGGUUCGCCGCCCGUCGUCGCGUGGGACAUGAAGCCGCCGAACCUGGCAUUGGCCGGCAAUCCACAUCACCACUCGCAUCAUCCGACCGCCGGUUACAUGCCGCAGUACAGCUGGUACCAGGCCGACGGCCCGAACCAGGGCCUUCUAUCGGUGUGGCCUGCCGUCUAACAUAAAAUGGAAAUAAGUCGACAAUCGUAGAAACUUUACUGUUGUGUACCUAUAUUGAACUCAAAAUAAUUUAACUGGUGAUAUAUAUUAUUAUUAUAUAUUAAGUGUUUUUAAGUUUUUUUUUUCCUCUCCGGU